AUGUUUCAAGAGAAAUCUAAAGGUGCAAAGCUCACGCAUCUAGAGCGGCCAUGGUUCAUUGUGGUUGCUCUAGCUGGCCUCUUAGGUGGCGCACUGCUCACAACAAGUUUCAACCGUCAUACGGACAACACUUUAUCACUAUGUUCCACGGCUAAGAACACUGCCGUGUCCAUAGCCGAGUACUCAGCCACCCCAAUCCAACUCCAAUCCAUCGUCCACUAUGCGACCUCAUGCAUCGUUCCUCAACAAUCUUUCGAAGAGAUCUCAAUCUCUUUAGAUGUCCUCAAGGACCGCUUUCCUUGCAAUUUCCUUGUCUUUGGCCUUGGCCACGACUCCCUUAUGUGGGCCUCCCUCAAUCCUCGAGGAACCACGACUCCCUAA